CUGAGACAGCACAGUUUGCAUAUUUCUGUACGUAGGCCGCCCUCACCAUUUUCUCCUUGUCCACCACAGGAACCUUGUUAUGGUUGACGGAAUGUUGCAUGCUUGAAUGAGUAUUUUUCUACUCACGACCAAACAACGCCAUUGAUUCUUCUUUCUAUGUCUACGGCCUUCAUGAUAGAUAGACAGAUAGAUAGAUACUGUGGUAGUACUCUAAGAAGAAAUGACGACCGAAGCAAGCCGCGCGGCAUCUGAGGGCCCAACUGCUCCAAAGAUGAGUAGUAGCAGUUCAUCUUCCUCCCGAUUCCUCCACUACGAGGGUGCAAACUACUUCCGACAGCGACUCGUUCUAGCCACCUUGUCUGGAAGAGGGGUCAUCAUCAAGAAGAUUCGGUCAGAUGACCUCCACGCGCCUGGGCUGAAGGAUUACGAGACGAGCUUUCUGCGGUUGCUUGACAAAAUCACUGAUGGUGCACGAAUCCAGAUCAACAAUACAGGAACGCAGUUGAAAUAUGACCCAGGCCAAUUAGUAGGCUGUCCCGCAGACGGUCGCAGUCUGGUCCACGAGUGUCCGCCAUCCAGAGGGCUCGGAUAUUGGCUAGAGGCUCUAGCACUUUUGUUGCCUUUCGCGAGAAACGUUUCGAAGAUACGACUGCUUGGUGUGACGAACAAAUGCGCAACUACGACGAGUGUAGAUGUACUAUCGGGAGCUGGAGGAGAACAAGAUAUGCUCAGCAGUGGCGACCAGACAAGUGCUCAAGUCCAAGAUUUGAGCGUGGACAGUUUCCGCAGCGUCACGUUGCCUUGGCUACAGAAGCUCUUCUCUCCAAGGAAAACCUCUGCAAAUCCUAACCAGCAAGACCAGUCUCUCACCAUAAACCAAGGAAGCAAGAAUCCAGAUUCCGUGGUCUUGCAUAGCAACCAGACCAAUUUCGCUUCUGAUCAGUUGUCGUUCAAGGUUAUUCGCAGGUCUUGCGGCGCAGUCGUUGGAGGAAACAGCAAAGACGCUACUAACUCUGCAACAUCGACGUCAAAUGGAACUCCUACGUCAACCUCCACUGGCGAAGUUUGGUUUCAAUGCCCCACUUUGGUGCGCGUUCGUCCUCUCAACUUAGUCGGUGAUUUCCGGUGUAAACGGGUUCGAGGAGUGGCUUUCACGAGUGGAGUGACGCCUCAGUUUGCGACACGCAUGUGCGAUGCAGCUAGAGGCGUUUUGAACGACUUCUUGCCUGACGUAUGGAUCUUCGCAGACCACGAUAAAGCACAUGCAAAUAAAGGAGGAACUCAAGGAGGGGAGAAAAGCAGAGGGUAUUUCUAUCUCUUCCAACCGGAAUAUUUUGAAGUUGCCUUUCUAGCCAGCGGUAAAACUUCUAUAACGUCGAGUUUGAGAAACACCGUCUUGUUAGUUUUUAGUGUCCUAUCCUCAUUCACCUUCCUAUACUCGUCUCGCAUCCGCAGGUUCGGUCUCUCUCUCGUUGCCGAGUCUAUCGAUGGCACUUACAAGAGUGUGGAUGUCUGUAGUAGCGGCACUCUCGCUGCAGCCGAGCGUGCCCUGAUAGAAGAUGCGGAGACAGCCGUUCCUGGUUCCGAUGAUGGCGAUUCAAUGGAAGUAGAUAGCGAAGAAGAAGGUGAUCGAAAUAAAGCCUCUGCUUCUUCUAAACCGGGGAACAAGGCUGACGUUUCUGACGUCCCCCACGCUCUAGGUCGUGCUGGCGCAGCACGAUUACUCGCAGAACUGUCUCUUGGUGGUUGCGUCGAUUCUGGACAUCAAAUUCUUCUCUUGCACUACUUGGCCCUAGCAGAGGAGGAUGAGGCGAGUCGGGUGCGUGUAGGAAAAUUGACCCCAGCCGCUAUUGAGUAUUUACGGUACAUCAAGGACUUCCUGAACGUGCAAUUCAAGAUUCGGCAAGAUGUCGAUGAUUCGGUUCUCCUUUCCUGCGUAGGAGUGGGACUGGCAAAUAUCAGUCGACCGACUUUCUAGUGCUGGGUUGUUAUGCUUAUGUUUCUGGGAGACACUGAAAUAAAACUGGAAGAGUUCUAGCACGUGAUUUGCUUCGAGCACAUGAUUUGCCUAAAUUUUUAUGCUAAAAAUGAUGAACCCAAAAAUCAUUCAAUGCCAACUUCCUGAGAAGAAAAUCAACAUCAAAACUACACGCAUCAACAAGAUUAUGGACGAUUCGAAAACGCAACAAAGGCGAUCUAGGACUGGUUUCAAUUGCAACCAAACCACAUCGACAUCAACACUUUUACUUUGCCAAAAUAUAACGUGAACAAGGAUUUGAAGACCUAAAAUAGGAC